ACAUUUCAAAUAAUAAGAAGAACAAAGCGAGGUAAUAAAAAACCCGUACUCUGUAAAGUGAAUUCAAUCAGAAAAUCGAAGGGUUUUCUCACCUCUGGAUAAACCCACCAUGGAUGAGGACGCCGAAGAAAAUUACGGGGAAGAACAUCCGGACUCAGAAAACGGUCUCCGUUUUUCCGAAGGUCACCAAGAUCAGCGAACUGAAGAAGUACUCGAAUACGAAUUAGAUUUUGAGGAAGAUCUAGAUGAGUAUAAGGAAAAUCAAUUUGAAAAUGAAGGAGAUUGGGAACAGGAAGACAAACAAGAUUUUGAAAUCAAGUUAAAAGCAAUUGAAAGUCAAGACAUGAAACGAAAGAGAAAAUCAAUCUACAAUCUUGAUUCUUUUGUAUCUUCAACAAUGGUGACUACUGAUUUAUCAAUAACAGAUGACUUGGGUAAACUUGAUGCAAUUCCAGAAAGACGUAUCCGAUAUUCACAAUCAAUCGGAGUGUCAGGAAUCGCUAGAUUAAAUCUGUCACAUAUAACUCAAAAAAUAAUAGGCUGUGUAAUCGAUGAAAAUAUCACUACCGAAUUUCCAUGGCUUUACGUAAAAAAGGAAUUAAUUGAAGAUAAUAUUGAUCUUCAUGACGAAAGUAGUGAUUUUUUACCAGUAAAAGAGGAGAUCGAAAAUUUUCCAGAUACAAACAUUUUAAUAGGCUAUGCCCCAUCUUCCACUGAAGAAGGCCAAUUUUAUAUAUGUCUUAAUGAAGCUGGAAGAGAUGCUGUAAUUCGACAAAUUGAGAUUCAAAGGAUCGAACAAGAAAGUCGUGUUCAGAAUGCUGUUCUUAAGACAAUAGGGCAGUGGAAGGAUCUUGGAAGUGCAGCAGAAAUUGAUGCCACUAUCGUUAAAAAAAACAGACCACUUUUUGAGAUUGAGAUAGAAUCAACUGCAAAUUUGUUAAACAAACGGGUUAAUUUAAUGGACAGAAAUGUUGAUGAUCAAAGGGAUGGCUAUGUAAGACUUGUUCCACAUCGCGAGACCUUCCAAAAUGUUAUAAAAGCAUUGGUUGACUCUGCCAAUCAAACAGGUUUAACUUACGAAAAUAAAGAAGCACAAACAACAACACCUUUCCAAAUUAAUGCAAAGUCUCAACAUGCAUACGAGUACUCGCCAAUUGACAUUUCAAAAUUCAGUGAAAGCAAGUCUGAAGCCUUUAAGAAAUUUUUGGAAAAAUACAGAGCUGAUAUAUGCAAUGAGCUGCUGUUGAAUUCAACCUGGGACCUCUACACUAGUGAUUACACCAAAUUUAUGCAUUCUGAAAAAAACAGUCAGCCAAUAAUGACAAUCGACUACAAGGAACAUCAAAGUUAUUAUGAUGGAAAUUUCUGUUUGGAUAAGGUAAUUAACGAGCUAUCCUGGCAUCCAUUAUGGACUGGCAUUGCAGCAUGUUCCUACACAGAUUAUGCCAAAAGUACCAGGUUUAGUGGGCCUAAACUUAAUAACGAGAUAAAAAGAUCAAAUAAAGGAAAGAACCAAACUCUAGUCUGGUCAUUCAACGAUUGCCUCGCGCCAAAAUUAGUUCUCGAAUCGCCAAGAGAAGUUACAGUAGUCUCAAUCUGUCCUCACAAUGAAAAUGUUAUCAUAGGAGGUUGUUCUAAUGGACAGAUCGCUAUUUGGCAUAUUCCCGGAAAGAUAAAAAAAAUGGAGGCUAUAAUAGUGCAUACCACUGCUCAAGUUAAAUACAGAAUUGCUAUGAAAAACCUAAUGGCCUGGAUGCGUGAUACAAUUGGUGUCUCGGCCGUCGAUAUCACAGCGAUGUCCUCCUUACAGAGUAGUCAAAAAGGAAGAAUUACACAAAUUGCAUGGGUGCCAGCUUACAACAAAGUAGGAAAAGAUGGUAGGAUAAUUAAUUUUCCAGAAGACACAGAUUCUAAGGAUUUAAGUUGUCAAUUCUUAACUGCAAGCGAGGAUGGAACUAUUGCAUUUUGGGACCUAAAAUGGGAACCAGCAACACGAAAAAUUAAACAAGCGGACAAAACAAAAGUACCAAGACCAGAUGUUUUGCUUCAAUCAAUUUCUCCUUAUAAAGCAUUAGAUGGUUUAAUAGAACCAGAUUACAUUCUGCUUCUUCAAUAUCCAGAAAGUAUUCGUCGAGCAGUCAUAUCAACAAUGAACAUUUUUACCCCGAUGAUUCCUGUGGAACAGGUUAAACCCUUUCAAAAAAAAGAGAGCGACAUUUCUACUCGAAGAUACUACAGGCAUAUUUUCAAGAAACCACCUUAUGAGAUGUUACCAAAAAUUUUUAUCGGAACAGCCGAAGGAAUAUGUGGGAUUAUAACUUGGGAAGGUUACAAUUUUUCAACUGGUCAAUUAGUCAAUCGAGAAUCGUGUAAAUGGGCAUGGUUAAAUAUCAUCCAUGAUGGUCCAGUGACACAUGCCAUCAGAUCAGAAUUUAUUUCUGACCUUAUCAUGACCGUAGGUGGUAGAAUCUUUGCACUCUGGACCGAAAAUUUUCAUCGACCCUUCUUUUGGAAAAAAUCUAAAUAUAGGUACACAUCCUGUUCAUGGAGUAAUUAUCGAGCUUCUACAUUACUUGUCGCACGUUCUGAUGGUACCAUCGAAGUAUGGAAUUUCGCCACAAAGAGUAUCGAGCCAACUUUUACGCAAAGUUUCUCAGGAGGAAUAAUUCCCGGAAUUUAUAACCACCAUCUACCCCUAAAUCCUCAAUGUGUCGCUUUUUGCGAUUUUAAUGGGGCCCUUAGAGUAUUUUUAGCCCCAUCAAAAAUGGUUGACGUUGAGGAGAACAAAGAAUGGAUGCAACAUUUCAUGAAACGUACAAUUAGCGGAAUACAGAAAUUCGAAGCAUGGCAAAAACAAUGGAGUGACACAAACGUAAAGAGUAUUGAGCGAAAUAGAAAACUGGCAGAAAUAGAAAAUGCAAAGCGAUUGGAAGAAACUGAGGAGAAAUUCAAAGCAGAGAUGCUAGAAGCAGCUUCUAAACUCGAUUCGUCAUCAAAGGUUCAGUAUGUAAAGAGAAGUUCAGAUUUUUAA